AUGGGACAGCCUGUGAUCAGUGAAGACGUUGAGGGCCGAUCCGACAGUUGGGCGAGAGAUAGUCUCAUGGAAUUAUUGUCAAAAGAAGGAGGGAUUCUCGGCCAGGCUGAUAGGACGUGGCAACUCUAUAUGUUUGCUGGCCAGCCCCUUGACUUGAACAAGGUUCUGCUCGCGGAGUACAGCAAAUCCGAAAAUGAAACAGAUAACGCAAGAGCAAAGCAUUUGUUCCUCAACAUUGCUUUAGAAUCUCGCUCCGCCGAGGACUAUUCAAACAUAUUGAAAUCCCAUCUUGCAACGGGGCAAUGGGGGGAGGUGGCAAGCGUCUGUCAGCAGACGGAGGCAAAUGGCCAUGGUUUCUCGGGUUGGGCGAUGGCUCUGGCUCACUGUAUAGAUAGGGCCAACUGGUCCGUCGCCCAGAGUUUGUAUGAGGCCGUAUGCCCAGUUGAUGGAUUCAAGCUAUGGGACUGCAUACUCCCAUUACUGGACAUCAACUUACUAUCAAAUAACCUGCCUGAUUUGUCUUUGCAACUCCAGAGUCGAGUUAACAACACGGUUGAAGAAGAGCGAACAUGGCCCCUUUUCAUCAAAUACAUGACCAGCAAGAUCCUUGCAACCUCAAAUCUUGUUGAGACCAUAUCGACGGACGCUCUUCUGCGCCUUCUCCGAGAUUACCAUUCGGCAGGUUUUCUCACUCACAAUCAAUUUUGGAACCUCAUUAAGACCCUUCAGUCUUCUGAGCGCAGAUCCACGUUUGUUCGAGCUGUCGUCAUUUACCGUGAUUUCGACUCGCUCAUGGACAAGAUGCCUCCGUCAACCCAGAUACUUCAUCAUUUCCUCAAACAGCUUGUACACUUCAACAUUACUGCCAACGUUGAGUACUUCCUCGAUCAAUACUCGCGUUACCAUUCAAAACCGCCCGCACUUGCCUACAGAUAUGCCCUUACUGUCUUCUCGAGGAAUGCUGAUUCCCCAAAUGUCACCAAGUUGUUCGAGCAGUAUGUGGCACAUUAUGGAGAGCUGGUGACUGCACAGGCCUGGAAAAUGCGUGCACACCUUUUACAUGUCCAUGCUAAGACCGGCGAUGUACACGCGACUUUGGUUGAGUUUGGCAAGCUGUGGAGGAAAACCAACCGCCGACCGCCCACACAUUGCUGGAAUAUCUUGCUCACAGCGUAUGCCAAUGCUGGUGAUCUGAGGGGUUGUUUUGCGCGCCUCAAGAUGAUGGUUGAGCGCAAAGUGAAGCUUGAUUCUUACUCAUUUGGUAUCAUUAUGGGUAUGUGCGCACAUCGGGGUGAUAUCGAUACAGUCCUUGAGGCGCUCAACAUGGCCAAAGAGCAGAAGGUUCAAUUGACGACGCCUAUGCUCGAUACGGUUGUCGAGGCCUAUUGUAGCAACAAGAAUAUGAAAAUGGCAGAGGAUUUUGCAGAAUCUUGCCUUAGCAUUGAUGCAGUUGGCUCGAAGGUGAGGAUGUGGAACGUUCUGCUAUGGAAUUAUGCCUUCGAAAUGGACUUGGAAUCAAUCUCUAGGAUUCGUUCACGAAUAGAUGCCGCCGGGAUACGGCCCGACGACAUGACCUACGCCGCGUUUCUUACCAGCUUGGUCCUGCUCAGACAGACUGACUCGGCGCGUCGCAUACUUAGGACACUAAGUCGAAAUGGCCAAUUGCAUGCCGCACAACUCCACUAUGUCCUCAUUCUGUACGGCUAUGUCAGGGAGCGCAAUCGUGACAUGGUGCACAUCAUCCUUCGUGAGAUCAACGAACGGUUCGGACAAUCUGGGCCAGGCGCGCACUUUCUUCAUCUAAUGAGUCAGCUGCAACGAGAUUUGCGUCUUACUCAUGAGGCUCAGGAAGAAGAAGGUGGUCUUAAUCUCUCAGCUGUUCAUUUCACCCAUGCAGAGAGACUCCUCGCCGAUAUCAUUAAGGAAUUUAAUCCCACGCAACUUGUGAAAGUCUUUCAUAAGUUUAGUGCUCACAGAUUGCCACGUGCUACAGCUUACCCCGCGAACUACUACGAUGGUCUCAUUGCGCAGUAUGCGAAGAAGGGUAAUCUUGAGCGGGUCGGAACGCUGUUCAACGAGUAUGCAAAGGCUCGCGGCCUGUCGGUUGAGGCAGCCCGAGAGAAGGCUCCACUCAGUCUCAUUUCAAACUUAAUGCUGGCACAUUUAAAGGCAGACGAAUUCGAGAAGGUGGAUGAUUGUUGGAGAAUAGCUUAUCGUCAAGCUCUCAAACUAGGCAAGCCAUUAACAGAGCGUUACUGGAACCCGCAAGGCACCUCUUCCGCUACCACAAGACCUCGGCUACUCCCAGCGUACCGUUUCGAACUCUCUCGACCUUUGACGCUAUACAUGCGAUCCCUUACUUAUCGGAACAUGGUCACUCGAAUAGAUGAUGUUCUAGCUGAAGUUGAGGCGGACGGUUUCUCAUUGACGACCUACAAUUGGUCUACGUUCGUCCAGAUGUUGGCGGCUACCGAUAGUCCGGCCAACAUCCUCAGAGCUUUUACAAUUUUCGAGCAAAAGUUCAUGCCAUCAUUCCCAGGUUGGAACCACUUCCGGAACGCCCAUGGUUUCAAGCAUUCGGGCGUGACUGCUGCUAUUGACCUGAUGGAAAAGCGACGCCCGAAGCCGCGUGGUAUGUUGGGACCGAGGGGCAGAAAGUAUUGGAGCAAGAGGUAUCCUGAAUUCAUGCAGCCGACAUAUGUCACCCUUGUAUACCUGGCAGCUGCUUUGUUGCGGGUGCGGGACAACAGUAUCACAGUUGGAACCGCCGAACUUAGCGCUCUCAAUGAUGCUGCUCCUAAUACCAUUGCGGCCAUUGCUGCAAUGCCACGCCUAAAAGAGAAAUUCCAAGGUGUUCUGCUGCGAGGUCGCACUGAACGCUGGGAUAGCGUGUAUCCUGAAGAGGAGCGUUUUGUAUGGACAGGUGGUGUUCUCGGGGUCGGUGGUCGUCGCAGGUUACCGAACGCGGCAAAACGGAUCGACCCAUUAACGACCGGACUGCCGCCGGGCGCAGACGCCGACGAUGCAGAAACCCACCAGUCCGAACAGCCAAGCUGGUUAACGGUGGAUUCUGAAGACGCAUUUGAUCUUCAAGCAGAAUCGGCACUGUUUACUGGCCGCGAAGUACCCACGGAUGAACCGCUGGACGAUGCAUCGCUAUCGGAUGACUUGUUGGACGAGAUUCCAAAGCCCGAUGUUGCGGAGCAAGCAGAUGAGAUUAUAUCGGAGUUGGGACAGCAUGAUGCAUCAGAGGCACAUGAGCAACUGCACGAGCUACCAGAGGAGGAAGAGGAUAUUCAUCCAUUGACAUCGGAGCCGUACAACAGGUCGGAGCCGGCAGAUCAGCAGCCCGAGCUUCCAGGGGCGUAUCAGCAGCCACACGAUGCCUCGGAGGAGGGGCAGGUUCAAAAUCAUCCCGAAUUGGGAUUGUCCGAGGAGCUACAUCAAAAGGCGAAUGAGCUCACCGGCCAACAAGGCGAAACUCUAGAGUCGAAGCCGGACGAUACGUCUAAAAGGGACGAAUCACCUUGA